AUGAGCUCGAGGACCUAGAGCUUCACCCCUCUUUGGAGAGCUUAGAAGCAGAAGCCAAGGUGCGAACUCACAUGACGUCAACUCGAGCCCAUAGCUCAUGCUUCUUUAUAUAAGAUCUUCCAACCCCCUUUCAUCAGUGGUACUCUCUUUCUGAAGUUCAUCCAAAUCUAUACUGAAAUCACUGGCUAUCAAUCCAUCCUCCAACAACUUCCGUCCCGAGAUCAUAUCAUUUUCAAUUUAGCCAAUUUCUCAACAACCACCAAUUAUCACUAUGCCUCGCGACGGAUCUGGAGCCUCUGACAACAAGGUCGAGGAGACCCACGACGUUAUCCACGGCGCUGGCGCCAUCAAGGACCCUCACGUCGACCGCGCCGACAAGACUGCGCCUCUCCCUGAGCCUGAAAAGGGUCUUGCCAUCGAUGGUCUUGCCGCCAGCGGUGGCUCAUUUCCUAAGGGAGAGGGUGCUGGACAGGGCGGACGAUCCAACUAAAUUUUGCGGAAUGAAUAAGUUAAAGGAUGAAGAUGAAGAGAGGGAUGAUAAUGAGCCAC